CUCCCCUGCCAACACCAAUAGGACCAGAGGAUCUCACACUUCCUCAGCUGAGAGUCCUGCUGACCGCUUAUUUCAAUUCCACUGCUGACAGUUUGCUGAUCGCCACUGAUGGCCUAAUGUGAUCUGAAUUAUUAUUGUCUGACGUGGAAUUGUCUGGGUCAUUGACGCUGUCGACGUUGGUUUAUUUCUGUGAGCUGUUCUUUCGUCGGCUUGUUCUGCAGAACACAUCUUAUGUGAAGGUGCAUCGAGUUGUUCUAGAAAUGAAGCCUUUGUUUCUGUGGUGGUUGUUGGUUGUUGUUCAGCAACCUUUAGCGCUGAGCACUCAGCUGUGGCGUCUCGUCACCGUCGAGUCGUCGUGGAUCACCUCUACGGUUCAGCAGACCAAACAGUCGUUAGACACACUAAAGUGUGCCAUGAGAUGCGCCUCCCUGGGGUGGUGCGAGGCGUGGUGCCACGACGGAGCACUCCGGUGCCAGCUCACCAACCUCGUCGUCUCCGGCUCCUACCAGACAAACGCCACGACCAACGUUCUCACCUGCUACACCAACCACUCCAGCCUCCCUGAAUACGCCUUUCAUGCAGCCGUCACCUCGACAAGUGUAUCUGGCAACAUCAGAAUAAAGAAACAUCUUGUUGAUGGAAUCUAUGACUGGGAUAUAGACAGCUGCAGUUGUUUAUAUUAUUUAAGCUCACCGUGGUUCCUGAUGGAUUUGGGACGUCCUGUGAAUGUGAGUAAAGUCCUGUUGAUCGCACAGCCUAAUACCGGGGCUGCUUCAUCCUUCAGGGAUUUUGAAGUGAGGGUUGGAGCCUCACCGCAACACACUGGGAAUUGUGCCUCGUACAAGCUGCUGGGGACAUUUCCAGGCACAGGAACGCCUAGUCAGAGAGUGGUCCUCAAGUCCCCAAAACCUCUUCUUGGCCAAUACGUCUCAAUACAAAUGACUUCCACUGAUUACUUUCAAAUCUGCCACUUAGAAAUUCACUAACUUUCCAAGUUUGGUGCUUAGUUUUGAUAAUAAUUUAUUAUGAAAUUCACUAGAGGAGCACUGACUUAUAGAAACUUGUUGUCUUCAUAACUUUCUCAGGACAGAAAUAACCAGACUUAUGAAGGUAUCACCAAUAUGUCUGUCAUGGAUGAAGAUUGGAAAUUCAGUGAUUACACAAUUUUAUAUAAUAUGACAUCAUAUAUAAAGUUGUAGUUCAUUAAUGUUUAACUCAUCAUAAUAUUCAGAGUAAUGUUUUUUGGAGUUCGUACUUACACAUUUAAUUUCCAGGAUUAAGCGCAGACUUAAACAUUCUUAAGGUCAAAAGCAAUGUCAGAUGUUAGGCCCAAAAUCUAAGAGUUCUUUAGUAUUGCUGGACAUUAUUUUCACGAUUGCUACCUUUGACGCUUCUACCGUAGGUGCCAGAAGUUGUUCAUAUAACUUUGUUCAUAUUAUGUACUGUGAUUCUUGUUAGUAGUAGUCAUAAGUGUAAUUGUCGACGCAAUAUAUUUUUCAUUUAUUUAACGACCAUAAUCAUAUUUAAUUUUAGAAUAAUGAUUCCAGUAAUCUUCUAUAUGUUUGAUUUUGCAUGCAAGCCAAUGGGCUCAGUAACACAGUACAGGAGUUCCCCAACUCGGGUCCCCGAACAGGAGUAAUGCGUUUGUGAGACUAUUUAUACACAGUUUACCUUGUUUUGUUUAUAAAACAA